CCCACCCAGCACACCUCUUUGUUUAUGCUCACACCUUUACCAUGCUUUCCAAACAAAGCAAGCCUCCAAAGCUCAUCCUUCUCGUGAUCCCAAAACCCAAACCCUUCUUCUUCUUCUUCUUCUUCUUCUUCUUCUUUUAGAGACUUCUUCCUUUUUCUCAUGAUUCCAUCUUUCUCACCAUGCCCUCCCCUCUCCGUAAUGGCAAUCUCCCCGUCCCUAGCCCUCACCACCACCACCACCACCACCACCACUUCCAGUCCACCGUCUCCGCCCAGAAGCUCCGGCGGCUGAACACUCUCGUCCUAAUCCUUCGCUUUGCUUCCUUCUGCUUCUCCCUCGCCUCCGCCAUCUUUAUGUCCACCAACUCCUCCCGCUCCACUGGCUCCCCAUCCUGGCUCCACUUCCCUUCCUUCCGCUUCGUCUUCGCCGCUAACGCCAUCUCCGCUCUCUACUCUCUCUUCGAGAUGGGCUCCUCCAUCUGGGAAAUCCUCCGCUCCUCCACCCUCCUCCCCGAACCACUUCAGCUCUGGUUCGACUUCGGCCACGAUCAGGUUUUCGGGUAUAUGGUACUGGCCGCCGGAGCAGCUGGCGUGGAGGCAAUCCGUGGGCUGAAAAGCGGUCGUACCUGCGACGCCGAGAACUCACUCUGCGUGCAAGCCAUCAUUGCCGUCGCCUUGGGCUUCGUUGGUUUCGCCUUUCUCGCUCUCGCCGCUCUGAUUUCCGGCUUCCGCCUUGCUUGCUUUCUCAUCACCGGCUCUCGCUUUCAUCUCUAGUCUGCGUGCUUGAGUUGUUUUUCUUUUCUCUCUCUCUCUCUUUUUAAAUUU